AAUUCUAUUCAGGAGUGGUACAAAGGUUAGUGUGUUUACAUUCCUUUUGGUCUCCAAGCUACACACUAUCUAAUGUUUUAUCAGCUCAAGGCCUUGAAGGAGAGAUUAAGUGAGCGACAUUCGUGCUUAAGAUUGGAAAGGAUUUUAAAUACGAUUUUAAUAACACAGACUGCUUUCAGAGAAUGGCUUACAUAUCGGGUGUAUUUUCAAGUAGAGCAUUUCAGAAACAAGUGCUUCAGUGGUGCAGCUGUCCACUUGGCAUCGGCUUGGGUUUUGUCUGAAGAACGUCAGAAGUGACUUUUUACUAUGAAAGCUGCUCGUUCUCAUCUCUCUUUGCUCUCAAAUGGAGACACAAAUUGGAAGUACAGAAUCGAGCGUGACUCAAGAGAGGAAGGAAAAAGAAAGCUGAAACUGCAGGGGAAGGAGCUUCUGGCCGUACCUCUGAACAUCUUUGACAUGGAAGAUUUGGAGGUUUUGGAGAUGACCCCUGAAAGAGAGAGCUGCCUGACAUACAGAAUGGAAUUCGUUCCCAGAGAAAUUGGGCAACUGAGGAACCUGUGCGUCCUAAACCUGGACACCAAUGAGCUGAAAGUCAUCCCAGCCGAGAUUGGUCUCUUGGAAAAGCUGGAAAGGCUUACAUUAAGUAACAAUUUCCUAAGCUUUCUUCCCAAGGAAAUAAGCAGACUGCAGAAGCUCACCAGUUUACACAUGGCUAAUAACCAUUUCAGGGAACUUCCACUCCAGAUUUGCCAGUUAAAGAAUCUCUUAUUUCUGGAUGCAAGUGAUAACAAAAUUAAAGUGAUUCCUCACCAUAUUCAGAACUUAGCAAAGCUGGAGACUCUCCUCUUGUUUUUUAACAGGUUAGAAAUGCUGCCGGAUACCUUCUGCAACCUUAGGAACCUUCGCACUUUGUGGCUGGGAAAAAACAAAAUAAGACGUCUUCCUAGACGAUUUGGGGACCUUGUGAAACUGGAAUGGAGAGACGAGCAGUGCUCUUCAAAUUUUGAAGAAAACCCACUUGAACACCCACCCAUAGCAGUAUGCAGGAGCGGCAUUAAAGGGGUCAAAAAUUACUUUUCAGGAUGGAGGGAUGAAGACUACUAAAUUCAUUCAUUAUAAGCAAAUGAAUGAAGCUUUAGAAACAUGAAAACCUUUACUUCGAAGAGUUUAAAAAUAAAUGAUGCAUUUUAAGAUUAUGUGUUACUAUGCAUAAACUCCUUUAUUUUUAGUAAUAAUACCUUGUAUGGUAUUAAUAUAGUAGAUGCAAUAUACUAACAAUUCUUUUAUUAAUGUGUUGCUUUUUGAAAUAACCUUUCACAAUUGAUCACUGCAUAACUGCUUGCAAAAAUACGUGCUACUUUAAAUGUCUUUUAAUUUUUAAGUUUUUAAGUUUUUAAAAGUACAAGUGGUGAUAUCAUGGUUCAAAUUGGAGUGACACUGUGGCACAAUUAUAGCAC